CCAUAGAUCAUUUUACUCACUAUUUCCUGAUAAUGAUAAAUGGUGGGAAUGUCACCGGCUGCAUAUUGAAGAAAAAUCUACGGGAUGGAGUGAAUACUCCAAACAUUCCAACUGAUGCUUCAGUAACAGCUUCAAAGCCACUCUCUGCCAAUCAUCAAACUACUGAAAAGAUUGAUAGCUACAAAGGAAUUCCUGAUAAAUGUCCAUCACGUUGUCAUUUGUUAAUUAACGACAAAAACCCUGAUAUAUUUUCCUGUUCGCUCUGUCACCAGACCACCAGCAUCUAUAACAUUCCUUUUAAAUAUUCAUCAGAAGAGAUCAUAGUUAGCAAUAAUCAACCAAUGGAUUAUUACGUGACAAAAAUGAAAGAGGCAUUUUUAAGACAACCUAUCGCCAAACAGGAAGAUAAUCAUAAGUGGGAUAAUUUUCUCAAUGGAAACAAUUCUACCGUAAACGGGUGGUCAAAAGCCAUAUCAACAAGAACUUGUACGUUUUGUCGAAGAAAUUCAGAGGGGCGAGAAUUUUAUGAAAGUCAUUCGUUGAAAGAUUCCACAGGUAAAGUUUCAUGUCCGGUUUUGAGAGCGUUGAAGUAUCCGUAUUGUUAUGCAGAUGGUUAUAAUGCUCAUACUAGAAAGUAUUGUCCACUGUAUAAAUCCGUCAAUGAAACACUACCAGAACCUAGAAGGUUGGCUAAUGGCACGUUGGCAUCAGCUAGCAAUCACAAGUAAUGAACUUAAUUAUUGUUCUGAAGAACAAUAUUCUUGAAUUUCCGAAGUGAUUUAACAUCUCUUACUGAAUAUUCUUAGUAAAUUCACGAAUCUAGUUCGUAUAGUUUUGUCAAGGUUAAUUUUGAUUUAAUUUUUAGAGAUUUAAUAAUUGUUGUUUGGAAUAAGUUGUUUAUGAAUAUGUUUCGAUUAUUUGCAGUAUUAUUACAAUUCUUGGCGAUUUACAUAAUUUAGUUUCACU